CACAGAUCCGGGAAAUCCAACAUCGACCCAUUUCAUCGGGAACAGUGUUAAUAUAAAACGAACGUACAAGAUAUUCCAAACAUACGAGUGAGAGUGAGAAUCUUGAGAAUCUAGAGAGAGAGAGAGAGAGAGAGGGUGUUUUAAGAAUGGAAUCGUGUAUAUUUAAGUUGCCCUUUCUCUGAAGGAAGUUGGUCGAGAGCUCAAACUCCAUUUUCGGAUUUAAUGUUGAAUUUCAACUAUUUGAGCCAAAUUAGUUGAGUUGGUGCUCGGACAGCUUUCGUAGAUCAACCGAUGGAUUUCCGCCUCUUCUUAUUCCUCUUUCUGACUUCUCUGCCUGCUAUUUUUGCUCAACUACAAGACACAGCAGAUGCUAAUAUUGUAGUUGAUGGGACUGAACGUGCUGCAGAAGUGGAUGAGAAUUUCAUUUGUGCCACCAUGGAUUGGUGGCCCCAUGAUAAAUGUAACUACAACCAAUGUCCAUGGGGGUAUACAUCUGCAAUCAAUUUGAACUUGUCCCAUCCUUUACUCACCAAGGCGAUCCAAGCUUUCAAGCCUUUGAGGAUUAGAGUCGGAGGUUCUUUGCAAGACCGAGUGUUGUAUGAUUUAGAAGGUUUAAAACUUCGUUGCCACCCAUUUCGAAAGGAGAAAGGCGGGUUAUUUGGAUUUUCAAGAGGAUGCUUACGUAUGAGUAGGUGGGAUGAGCUAAACCUUUUCUUCAAUAAGACAGGGGCCAUUGUGACGUUUGGCUUGAAUGCGCUCUACGGGAGGCAUGUUAUCGAUAAGACUGCUUGGGGAGGAGAUUGGGACUCUAGCAAUGCUUAUGAGUUUGUAAAGUAUACGGUUUCAAAGGGACACAAGAUAGAUUCAUGGGAGUUUGGUAAUGAGCUGUGUGGAAGUGGUGUUGAAGCAAAGGUUAGUGCUGAACAGUAUGGAAAAGACUUGAUCAAGCUUAGAAAAAUCAUUGACGAGUUAUAUGAAAAGUCCGUCGAAAAACCUACACUUGUUGCACCAGGAGGAUUCUAUGAGAAGAAGUGGUUCAGUAAACUUCUUCAGGUUACAGGUUCUGGUGUAGUCAAUAUCAUUACUCAUCACCUGUACGAUCUGGGUUCAGGUGAUGAUCCUAACCUUGUGCGUAAAAUACUUAGUCCCCAUUCCUUGAACAAGACUGCAGCAACGUUAAUUGAUCUUGAGCAAACCAGGAAACAACACGGUCCUUGGGCUAAAUCCUGGGUUGGAGAGUCUGGAGGGGCCUUCAACAGUGGUGGUCGUAAUGUGUCCGACACAUUUGUCGACAGCUUCUGGUACUUAGAUCAGCUUGGAAUGGCGGCCAAGUAUAACACGAAAGUGUAUUGCAGACAGUCGUUAAUUGGUGGGAACUAUGGUCUCCUUGACAGAGACACAUUUGUUCCGAACCCGGAUUACUACAGUGCACUUCUGUGGAAUCGACUUAUGGGAGGAGGUGUUCUUGCUGUUGAGAGAAACGCUUCGCCAUUUCUACGUAUUUAUGCCCAUUGUUCCAGAGGCAGACCGGGUAUAACACUACUUCUCAUCAACUUGAGCAAUCAGACUGAAUUCAUUCUCAAUGUCGAGAAUGGUUUGGGCCGCUUGCAUGCAAUAAGGACUACCAACCACAGGCAAAGUUCCAUUGUCCGCGGUGUUAAGCGAGCCGUUUCAUGGGUCGGGCAAAAAACGUCGGAUAGACCAUUGCACAGAGAAGAAUACCAUUUGACUCCAGCAAACGGACGCUUGAGAAGUAAAACAAUGCUUCUAAAUGGUACUCCAUUGGAGCUCACAAAGGAUGGAAACAUCCCGAAGUUGGAACCCGCUUUUACCGACGUAAAUUCUCCCAUCUCUAUCACUCUGAGGUCCAUCAAAUUUAUUGCGUUGCCUAACUUUGAUGCCCCGGCUUGUUGGUGAUUCUCUCCUAGUGUCCCUCUAGCCCUUUUCCAAUAUACACUAUUCUUAUAUUGCAUAAUUCUAAGCUUAUUGUGGCAAUUGUAAGUUCUCUGUGCAAAACGCAAUAAGUAGUACUCUGCAUUAAUUGUAUAUGAGAAAAUAAGACAGAUUGCUAUUUGUUUUGGUUUUUUUUUUUUUUAAACACUUGAAUAAUA